AUGAAAAAGCAAGAUAAUUCGUUUAACAAAUCUCCAUUUCAAACUAUUGACUUAACAAACAGCCAAUAUAAUCCAUCAGGUAGAGGUUAGUCUAAGGAGGAAGAUCUAGUGGUUAACGAUAAGAGAAGCGAUAUCAGGAGAAGAGUAACAUCUUUAAGAAAGAAUAAUGACUUAAAUGAUUAUGAAGAUAGAGAUCAGGUAAUGGGCAUGCAUGAUAAUAUAAACACAGAUGAUGAACUUAAUUAGGAUUAUGUUGAUGAGCAAUACAAAGUAAAACGAUCGGCAAAGCUAAAUAUCAUUGAUGUGGAUGACGAGAUACUUACCUAUAAAGACAUAAAUAAUAUCAUUGUCAGAGUUCAAAUAUAAAAAGUUAUUGCUCUAUUCUUUUGCGUCCUCUCUAUCUCUAUUGGUAUUUAUAAUCAAUUAAAAUGCUAUAGUUCUACUGAGCUGGAUAACAUAUGCAAGAAUAAGUGUACCUAUAUUGAAUCUCACAGGACUUAUAGCAAUUAUUACCCUGAUUAGUGGGCUAUUAGGUUAGAAAAGGACAUUAAAGUAGGAAAAAGACUUUCACAAAACAGAGGCUAAUAAUAAAAUCUUUAAAAUAUUUUGGACGAUAAAUAGUUGAUGAGACAGUUUCUUUACUUCUAUGUUAAUUUGACCUUCUCAAUUAUCUACCUAUCUGUGGGAGUCAUGUGCUUGGCAAUGAGAAAUUUACAUUUAGCAUACGUAAAGGCAUUUCUAUUUGACAGAUUAGCAUAUGAUGACAGCAAAAAUCUAAAUUCAGACUAUUAAGAACAAAUUGACUCUUCAAUAAGCGAUUGGACUUAGAUUCUUAACGGGACUGGAGCAUUAUGUAUAAUCUCUGCUCUUGCAGCUUUAAGCCUAUCUAUCAGCAGUUUCUAGAUUUCAAGGAAGUAUCAGUACUAUCAUAUGUCCAAUCAAUACAUGAAUUUUUUCUAGAUAGUUAUUGCUUGCUUAAUUCUAGCAUACUGUUGCUAAGUCAAAUAAUUUUGGAGUUACUACGAAAUUACUGAAUUUGUAAGAGAGUGGCCAAUCUCUGCUAACUAUUAUCUUGCUAUUUUGAUUAUAUGCAUGACAAUUGGAUAAACAUUUGCUAUUUACAAAGAUAGAGUCCAUGCUAUGCAAAUUUUAGGCAGUAUUUAGAUGAUUGCAUUUUUGCUUAUGUUUAUCUUUACUUUCUUUAUUGUCUCAGACAUAAAUGACUAUGAGAAUAACUUCAAAUGCUAUGAAGCUAUGCACUCUAUAAAUGAGAGCGAUUAUUAGCAGUUUGAAUGCUCGACUAAGUAUACAGUCACAUCAACGUCAGUGCCUGAUUUACAGCAAAGGUCAAACUGCAGUCUUGAUGCUACUAGACUAGUAUGGGAGGAGUAGUAUUCAGAUAAAUGGGAUCAGCAAAAGAAAGUGGGUUGCUUGAAUAAUCAAUGCUGUGAAGCAACAUUGCAAUAUGUCAGAUCUAAGUUCGAUUAUUUGAUUUAUCUGAGCUUAUUACUCCCAAUUCUAGGAUUUGCUAAUUAUACCACACUAGUGACACUGAUGACUUAUCUUCAAAUAUACGUCAACAGGUAAUUAAGUCAUGGGCAUUAGGAAAAAACUAUGAUUUCUAUGAUCUUAGCGGUUCCUGUAAUCGCAAUAUUUUACAUUGUUGUUGCAAUGCAACCUGGACCCUCUUUUAUGCCAAACCUAAAUGUGUAGUAGUUUGAUGAGAUUAUAAGACCAGCAAAUAUCGAUUAGAAAUAUAUUAACUUCGACGGCUACUUUGAUAUUUUCGACAUUAUCAUUAGAGAAGAUAAAAGAUCUUGUGGUAACUCAUGCAUAGACCUCGCUUUUUUAGUAAGCUUAGAAGUCAAUAAGGGUAUACUUCGAUUGAAUCCAGAAUUCGACAAAGAUCUCGUAAGCAUUACCUAAAACUCAGUUUUAUACAACAAAGAUACAAAAAUAUAAGGCUAUUAGUUGCAAUUUAGAGGGCCACUAAAUGGAGUAAAUGAAGCUUUAGACCUGUUUGAAUACAAACCACUUUGUCCAUUUGACUUAGAUAACACAUUGUCUGUAAGAAUAACUGCAUAUCCAGUAAAUGGACAGUCAGGUAGUGGGUAGAUUGUAUAUGCUGACAUGGGCUCCAGUGUGAGCAUUAACGGAAAAGGUGAGCACGUGAUAAUGCAAAAAUAAAUAAACUAUGCAUUUGAUAAGAGAUCAGAUAUAAAGGUAAUGGGCAAACUUUUAUUACAGUAAAAUGCUGAGAAAACAAUCCCAAUAAAAAACGCACAAAUUUUGUUAUCUUCAAAUCUUUUUGAAUGUAAAACUUGGAGCUCAUAACCAAUAUCAACUGACGAAACUGGAUUAUUUGUAUUUAACACUCCAUAAAUAAUUGGAAAUAAACCCUAUACACUUGAUCUAUUGUUCUCAAAUUCUCCUGAUUCUCCUACUUUUGAGGUACUAACAAAGCAAAUUUAAAUUGGAGGUAUCAUGAACUUUGGUGCAAUUUCUCAAAAAUCUAUCUCUUUAGGAAACUAAAUCAUAACUUUUGACAGCUCAAUUCCACAAAGAGACCAAAAUAUAGUUGUUCAAGUAAAAAAUGGGCAGUAUUAUGGAGAUAUUCAAAAUGCAAACAUCUUUAUAAGAGAGGGUAAUGAUCCAGUAUUGGCAUAAGAAUAUGCUCCAGUACUAAGAUCAGAAUCAUCUGAAUCUAAUGGCUAAUUCAAAUUCUUGAGAUUAGUCAAAGACUACUAUUCUAUAUUUGCAAAUAAGACUAAUUAUUACAAGGAUUUCAUUUCACACCCUGUAAUGGGAAUAAAUACACCUAAACUUCCCAACUUAUAUCUUUUACCAUAUUAUGAAAGCAUUUAAGGGCCUUUGUGGAUUUAAUUAAGAUAUAAAAAGCUAAAUAGUUUGGACUUAAAUAUGCUUUUGAAUUUUAACACAGAAAAUGCGCAUCAGUGUGAUGUAGGAGUGUUUCAAAGAUAAUGUGGCGGAGUCCUAUAUUACACUGAUUUGAAGUAUGAUAAUCCAGUGUCUUUGCUUAAAUUCAAUCAAUAUGGCAAAAAUUAUACUUAUCUAUUGGCGGUUUCAAUAUAAUAGCAAGAUAAGUACGAAAAUUAAACUGACUUUAGCAAUGAUUUUGCAAAAUUUGAUCCUAAAGUGUCUUUCAUAAUGGGAUCACCUGAAAAGGAAAAAAGAUUUGAAAUUUCAUGCCCUUUCUAGAAUGAUAACAUGAAGCAGAGUAAUACCUGGCUAGUAGGUUGCUUCAACACAGUCGAUGGUCUCUAAAAAUUUAAUCUGCUCAAUAUUUUAGUUAAUACAAAUUAUCUGGCUCUUGAUAAAAACAAAUAUUGCUGA